AUAAUAGUCCCUUUGAGACUAUUUUACUUUCAAAGUACCUAAAGUGAAAAUACUGAAUUGACUCUUGACUGUGAUUUUGGAACACUGUCAUCCUUUGUCUUAAUCCUUAAAAUUGGCAUAAUAUAAGCAGAGGCCAUCCAUUUCUUCCUCAGCAUUUGUUUCCACACUCCUGGAGAGCCUAUCUCAGAAUGUAAGAGGCCUACCUACUACUAGAUCUCCGCUGAAACCAAAGAAAAGAGACCAAUUAGAAGAGCCCUUUGUGUAAUGCUCAGUGCUGUUUAAUUUGACCUGCUCUCCCUAGAUUGUUUCAUUACCAUUAGGAGGUUGUUUUUCAUCAUUCAGAACAUUGCCUGAAGCAGGUCCACCAUGCCGUUAGUAACGAGGAACAUCGAGCCAAGGCACCUGUGCCGUCAGACGUUGCCUAGCGUUAGAAGCGAGCUGGAAUGCGUGACCAACAUCACCCUGGCAAAUGUCAUCCGACAGCUGGGCAGCCUGAGUAAAUAUGCAGAGGACAUUUUUGGAGAGCUCUUUACUCAGGCAAUUACCUUUGCCUCUCGGGUAAGCUCCCUUGCUGAGAGGGUUGACCGCCUACAAGUUAAAGUCACUCAGCUGGAUCCCAAGGAAGAAGAAGUGUCACUACAAGGAAUCAACACCCGAAAGGCCUUCAGAAGCUCUACGAUUCAAGACCAGAAGCUAUUUGACAGAAACUCUCUCCCAGUACCUGUCUUGGAAACAUACAACACCUGUGAUGCUCCUCCACCUCUCAACAAUCUUACCCCUUACAGGGACGAUGGGAAAGAGGCACUCAAAUUCUACACAGACCCUUCGUACUUCUUUGAUCUUUGGAAGGAGAAGAUGCUGCAGGACACCAAGGAUAUCAUGAAAGAGAAGAGAAAGCAUAGGAAAGAAAAGAAAGAUAAUCCAAAUCGAGGGAAUGUAAACCCACGUAAAAUCAAGACACGUAAGGAAGAGUGGGAGAAAAUGAAGAUGGGACAAGAAUUUGUGGAAUCUAAAGAAAAGCUGGGGCCUUCUGGGUAUCCACCCACCUUGGUGUACCAGAAUGGCAGUAUUGGCUCUGUUGAAAAUAUGGAUGCAAGCAACUACCCACCACCACCACAAUCAGACUCCACUUCUCUACCUUCUUCCUUCUCUGAGGACAGCUUGCCUCCGCCACCAGCAGAAUUCAGCUACCCAGUGGACAACAACCAAAGGGCAUCUGGCUUAGCUGGACCCAAAAGAUCCAGUGUGGUCAGCCCAAGCCAUCCACCACCAGCUCCUCCUCUGGGCUCUCCACCCGGCCUCAAAGCCAGCUAUACUCCUCCCUCUGCCCCUCCACCUCCACCUCCGAUGAUAAACGUCCCUCCCCCACCACCACCUGGAGGAUUUGGAUCCCCAGUGACCCCACCACCACCUUCACCACCCUCUUUCCCACCUCACCCUGAUUUUGCUGCCCCUCCACCUCCUCCCCCACCACCGGCAGCUGACUACCCAACUCUGCCACCACUUCCCUUAUCCCAGCCAACAGGAGGAGCACCUCCCCCUCCCCCUCCCCCUCCUCCUCCUGGGCCACCUCCUCUCCUUUACAGUGGUGCAGAUGGCCAGCCUGCCGCACCACCACCAUUUUCUGAUACACCCAAGUCCAAGUCCUCCUUGCCUCCUGUGAGUGAUGCCCGCAGCGACCUGCUUUCAGCCAUCCGUCAAGGCUUUCAACUGCGGAGGGUUGAGGAGCAGCAGGAACAAGAGAAGCGGGAUGUCGUGGGCAAUGACGUGGCCACCAUCUUGUCACGUCGCAUUGCUGUUGAGUACAGUGACUCAGAAGAUGACUCCUCUGAGUUUGAUGAGGACGACUGGUCGGAUUAACUCUUCCUGCCUGCUGCCCACCUCUUUUCUUUUCUUCUUACCUGCCUUUUUUGAUGCCUACCCCCAACAGUUCCAUGGGGGAAGGGGGAGGAAAAAAGAAUUUCAAGGGGCCAAAGCCUUCCUGAAGCUACCAAAGAUAUAUCCAAGUGCUUCCUCCAAAUCAGCAUGUAUUUCCCACCUUCCACAGUCAUGCCCCGUGGAGUAUCUGAGGGUCAGCUGAGAUGUUCCCUCUUUCCUUCAAGUGACUGUUGCAUCUUGAAGAGAAAGGAAAACCCCAAAGCUGAUCCCUUUGAAUGGGUUUAAAUUGGAGUUGGUGCCUUUCCCUAGAAGCCAUUUUUUACUGUGGUCUUCUCCCAAAAUCCUUGCCCUCAGCUACUUCGAAUAAUGCCAGCCACAUUGUGGUCCUAAAGCCUGCAUGGACACAGCUGGCCCCUUUCCCAUGCACUGAGAGGUCAGAGCAGGCCACAUGCCCCAAGAGCCAGACUGUUGCACCCUUCUGCCCCAAUAAGAGUGAGGCUGCCUUUUGCUAAGCUGUUUCUGUAUCUGGAUCCCCAUCAAGUCCCUAAAGAAGGCCUUAUCACCUCUGCCCAGAAUGAUGCCUUUAUGAAGACUGAGGUGUUUGCCUCCCUCCCAGUCUCCCCCUUCUGAGUGUGGUGUUUGGGUGUCCCUUAAAUGCCCCUCCCUUGCCACCAGGUGCCUCUGGCACCAUAGCCCAGUUCUGACCUCUAAUACCCAUGACCAAACUAGCCCUGACACACAGGGAUCUGGGCCUCUGCUGGAUGUCAGGAGCCAAGCUUAGAGACUUGGAAAUGCAGGACUGGAAGAAUGGUGGGACUCCUUGGGUCCUACCCUCUUAAUGAUGGUGAAGUCUAGAGAUGGGAAGUGACUUGCUCAAGAUGACACAGUUGGAUCGUGACAAGGCUAGAGCCCAGGGUUUCUGAUUCCAAGUCACCUGUGCUUUCUGGGACCAAAUAAUGGGUACCUGCUGGAGCCUGGGCAGAGCAGUCUUGGCUCUGUGCUGCUUCAGACCUCACCAUGGGUGGGGAGCCCAGCAGGAGGGCUCAGGACCUGUGCUGGGCCUGUCAGUGCUGCUCAGACCUUCAGAGCCUCUCAUAAUUCUUUGCUUCCCCUUUGCUAUCACCAGCCAACCAACCACAUGGCCUUGGGAGCUGCCGUUUUGGGGGACUAGAGGUAGUGAGAGAAGGAAGGGGGUGGGCAGCUUUGACAGGUGCUGUUUUCAAUUCCUCUUCAGCUCCUCCCCAUUUUAUUUCCCCAGGUUUUAGCUUAGGUUCUGCCAACUGUAGAAACUGCAGUCCCUCAGGCUGGCAGCCGUAGCAGGUAGCUGCCUGGAGGGCCUGGCAGCCGCGAGGAGGGCUAUAAAGCAGAGGGACUCUGGGUCUUGUUUCCAGCUCCCCUCCUCACUACACACAGUGAUGUUCCCUCCCUUCCUCCCCCCCUUUUCCCAGAGCUAAUACACAGGUGCUAUUAUUCAGAAAAAAACUGGUCAGCUUUGGCCAGCAGUGAGGUUUCUUCUGCUCUAACUAUUGUGUAGCCUCUUAUGCUGAAACCGGCUCCUCCUGGCUUCUCCUGCUUUCAGAGCCCUGAAACAAAGAGAAACAGGAUCUGUCUCUACCCCGCACAGCAAAUGGUUGUAGUAAUUGCCAAAGCCCUCAUAAACCCCUCCGGCGUGAGGAGAGUGUGUAAUCAUGGGUACUGCUGCUGUGCCCAGCUGAAUGCUCCCCCUCUGCCGCCUUUUCCUUGAACUAGGGCCUGUAGGGCCUGCAUGCCCUCCUGCUGGGGCUGCUCCAGAGUGCCCUCCUCCCUCCCCCACCCACGUCAGGUGUCUCUGGCACAUGGCCGGCACCUGGCUCUAGUGCUCAGCAUACCAUGCUGUGUGCCCCUGCCUUGCUUCCCACCUUGCACUUUGGAAGCUGAAGGUACAUUCUUCAGAACCCUAAAAUGGCCUUUGAAGGUGCCCCCGGCUGCAGCCCAGGAGUGGCUGGAGUGACAGGCAGAGGGUAGUGGUUCUCCCAAAUAGGAGCCCUGGGGCCUGGCCAGGCAGGGUUUGGGCCUAAUGGCUUUGACUAAAUUACCCCAUCCCCCUCCUUUCUGGAAAAAGGGAGAGCCAGUGCCAUUUGCUAUCAUUCUGCUCUGACCUUGAAGGGGGUGGUGUUGGCCUGGCUUCUGGAAUGGACAGUCCACCGUGGAAAGGUCUGGGGGCAGGAGGAGGUGGGGAGGGGCACUGCCUGCCUGCGGAAGGUAGGAUUAGAUCAUUAGCUCAGUGACCUCCUAGGGUUUCAAUGUGCUGUGUUCUCAUCCUACAGCUGGUUUGGUAAUGAUCUGCAAGUCCCGGAGAGCAACAGCACAGCUCUGCCUGACGUUCUCAUUAAAAUCUAUGCAGCCAA